AAUACCCGAACGACUUUUAUUUCUAUUUUUCUUUGACAUUUUUAUUUUCUCUCUCUCUAUUCCUUUGAUUCUCUUCUUUUAUAAUAUUUAUUGUUUCGGUGUUUCUCCUAUAAAAACCAAACGGGACCGUCCCUGUCCCUCCUUCUUUCUCCAGUCUGUAACACCUUCCUUCUUUCUAAACAUAACAUCCUCCUCUUCUUCUCCUUUCUGUUUCUGUUAAUAACCAUAACAUAUAUUUUACACUCACACUCAAAUUCCUCCUUUUACGAGGAAUAGCUGUACAGUAGUUUAGCUUCUAAGGUUCAGGUUUUUUUUUUUUUUAAUUUUAAAGGAAGAAAAAUGAAGCAGUGUGCGAUCCAAACAAGUGCCUUUUCGACCCGGGAAGAGAUACGGAGCUCUGUGUCGGGUACCAUGUCGGAACGAAGAGAUCCGGUUGUUUGCCCCAAGCCCAGACGUUUCGGCCUUUUUAACGCCUCCGUUAACGACCAUCCUGUUAGGUCUCUCAGAUGGCAUCUCAGCCACCAAACAGAGAUUUGUGAAUCAAAAGCAGGAAAUGAUCUUUUGGACAUCAUCCUUACAAAGGGUGGUUGUUAUGGUGUGGAACAACAAUCAUGUACACAAGUAGCCUCGUCGCCGCCCCCUUUUUUUUGCGGGUCGCCGCCAAGCAGAGUAGCUAACCCAUUAAUUCAAGAUGCUCGAUUUGGGGAAGAGGAACUCUCCCCAAUUUCGCCACUUAUGCCUAUGCCAAUUCAGCCUCCAUCAUCAUCGUCGUCGUCAUCUCCGACUUCCUCUGGUAGGAAAGGAGGGUGCGUGAGGGCAAAUUUUGGGAACAAACCAGCGGUUAGAGUUGAGGGGUUUGAUUGUCUCGAUAGGGAUCGCAGGAGCUGUAGUAUCCCUGCUUUGGCUUAGAGAGAAAGCCAAACCAAACCCCAUUUUAAGUUAAAUACAGAAGUACAUAGUUUUUUUUAUAAAGAAAAACUAAGACAAUCAUUUGGUAGUGUGAGGGGGAAUGAGAGUGAGUGAAAGUGAGGAAUUUUGAUAUUCUCAUGAGAGGGAUUAAAAGAAAAAGUUAAAAGUUGAGAGGCGAUCUUUUGCUAGUGUAAAUAUGUUUAAAGGAUUCUCUUUGUAUGUAAUGAUGUUGUCUUGUAAGUCGAAAUGAGUGAGUGGGUUGUUAACAAAAAUAAUGGAAGAGUUUAUUAGAAUCUUGUGAUUAGGAAAAUAUCAAGAGGAGAUGGGAUUUGGGGUUUCAGCUGAGAAAAUAGUCUCUGUUUCUCACUCCAUCAUCCUGUGUCAUUGUAAGUAAAUGAGAGUCUUGAUCAGAUUUUUUUUUCUUCUUUUUUUGUAUCCUCUUUGGGUCCUGGAAUUUCAAUGUGCGGCUUAUGAAGGGAAAUUUGUACAAAAAUCAAGUUGUCAUUAAUGAUGAGUCUUUGAAGCUGUAGUAAUUUACAAUGUAAUGUAAAUAAACCUUUUUUUCCUUAGAAAUGGAAUGAUUCUGUUUCCUUUGUUCA